AUGGAGUUCAUUCGCAGAUUUAAUUUUGGGUCACUCUCUAUACUAUGGAGGACUCCCCCAAGGCGAUUGUUGCUCGCUCCAAUUGGGCGCAAUUUGCGGUUCAACUCAACGACACCUCCACUACCUGGCGCGAGUGGUAUCGUGCUUCGAGACUACCAGGAGGAAUGCAUUCAAUCAGUGCUACAGUACCUGGAUGAUGGCCAUCGGCGCCUCGGUAUUUCCCUAGCUACUGGUGCUGGCAAGACGGUCAUCUUCACACAGCUCAUUAGUCGAAUUCCACCGCGCAAUGCGAAAGCCACAAAGACGAUGAUCAUAGUUCACCGGCGAGAACUCGUGGAACAGGCUGCCAAACACUGCCGCAGGACAUAUCCAGAUCAAAUUGUGGAGAUCGAGAUGGGCCAGAAUGUCGCUCUAGGACAUGGAGAUAUUAUUAUCGCAUCAGUGCAAACGCUCUCACGAGGACGCAUUGCUAAAUUUGACCCAAGUCUUUACAAGUUGAUUCUGGUGGAUGAAGCGCAUCACAUUGUUGCGCGCUCAUAUCGGGAAGUUUUGGGGCAUUUCAGCCUAAACGAGCCGUCGCCAAAUGCACCGGUGCUAGUUGGAGUUUCGGCUACAUUUGCGCGAUUUGACGGGCUUAAACUUGGAGCUGCCAUUGACCAUAUUGUUUAUCAUAAGGACUAUGUGGACAUGAUUGGAGAAAAGUGGCUGGCAAAUGCCGUUUUCACGACAGUGAAGUCCGAGGCGAAUCUUGCGAAUGUCAAGAAAGACAAGUUCGGCGAUUUUGCUCUUGGUUCGCUAUCAGAAGCCGUCAACACCGUAAACACAAACCACAUUACUGUUCGUGCAUGGCUAGCUAAUGCACAUGAUCGAAAAUCGACAUUGGGAUUCUGUGUGGACGUGGAACAUGCCAAGCAACUUACGGCGACUUUUCGCGAGCAUGGCAUUGAUGCUCGGUAUAUCACUGCCACAACCCACAAGAAUGUCAGAUCAGAGCAGCUAGAUGCCUUUCGCAAUCAAGAGUUUCCUGUACUUUUGAAUUGUGGAUUGUUCACUGAAGGGACUGACAUUCCUAAUAUCGACUGUGUGCUUCUGGCCAGGCCGACCAGGUCCCGAAAUCUUCUUAUCCAGAUGAUCGGACGAGGACUGCGCCUGUUUCCUGGAAAGGAAAAUUGUCAUAUUAUCGAUAUGGUCGCCUCUCUAGCCACAGGGGUCCUAUCAACCCCAACAUUAUUCGGCCUACAUCCAGACGAGGUUCUUGAUAAGGCCAGCGUGGAGGACAUUCAACGAGGCUCUCAUGAAGAGAAAUUUCCCAAGCCAAAACUGGGACCAGAGACAGUACCAGAUGGCGAUGUCAACUUACAGUUCACCAAGUACGACAGUGUCUUCGACCUGCUGGACGACACAAAAUCUGAGCAACAUAUCAGGUCUCUCAGCCAAAACGCAUGGGUGAGACUUGAAUCUGCAAAAUAUGUCCUGUCAGAGUCAUCCGGGUGGUUGACCAUCGAAAAAGAAGGAGAUAGCUUUGCUGUUCGUCACGUUAUGAAGUUCAACGACCCAGUAACCGAGAAACCCAAGUUCACACGGCCACGCCUUGUUGCAUCUGGGUCAGAUUUGGAAACAGCUGUGCGAGCAGCAGACACAUAUGCAAAUGACAAGUUUGAGAAGCGGUAUAUAACAUCCUGGCAGCCCUGGCGUCAAACCACAGCCACAGCAGCACAGAUCAAGAUGCUGAAUAAGUCUCGCAUUCGUGAUGGUGAAUUAAAAUCUGGAGAUCUGACCCGUGGCCAAGCGGCGGAUAUGAUUACAAAAUUGAAAUUUGGAGGCAAAAAGCGGUUCAAGAAUAUGGAGGCAACGCAGAGGAAGUUACAACAGAAAGAAAAUGCAAAAAAUGAGCUUAAUGAAUUGAAGAGGAGAACAGAUGUCAAAGUUGGGCCUCUGGAAGGCUAA